GGCAAAAAUGACAGUUGUUCCUCCAGCCCGAUUUUUGUCAUCAUAAACAGUGGGUGUAACAAAAAAUCGCACACUUUUCCAUCACCAGUGCCCCCAGAAUGUGCCCCACGUUGUAAAAUCAUCACAACACAAUGUUCCCUCAAGUGACAAUGUGCUAUUCUUGAUUGGGCAAAAGUAGGUUGAAUAGUUGGUUAAAUAAUGGAUUUGGCUGACUCCGGCGGUGGUCUUGGACCCGAGACCAUCUACGGGACGCACGAGGACUCCCAUGUGGUGAUGUCGGAGAAGGUGCAAUCGUUGGCUGGUAGCAUCUACCAGGAGUUCGAACGAAUGAUCGCACGCUACGACGAAGACGUCGUCAAGACCCUCAUGCCCCUGCUGGUGAACGUGCUGGAGUGUUUGGACGCGGCGUAUCAACAGAACCAGGAGCACGACGUGGAGCUGGAGCUGCUCCGCGAAGACAACGAGCAGUUGGUCACGCAGUACGAGCGCGAGAAGGGGGCGCGCAAAGCCGCCGAGCAGAAACUCCUAGAGUUUGAAGACGCCGCCGAAGGGGAGCGCAAGGAGUUGGCCGCACGGCUCGAAGCGCUGGAAAGCAUCGUCAGGAUGCUGGAGCUGAAGCACAAGAACUCGAUGGAGCAUGCGGGACGUUUGGAGGAGCGUGAAGGGGAGUUGAAGAAGGAAUACGCCAAGUUGCACGAACGCUACACCGAGUUGUUCAAAACACACAUGGACUACAUGGAGCGGACGAAGUUGCUGCUUUCUGGACAACAGCUGGCCAAUGAGCGGGCCGAAGCCGGCCGUUUGAACUCGAAUCGGAUUAAUAUAGGGCGCAGUUCGGGGCCCAUCUCCUUCGGGUUCACCUCCUUGGAGAAUGCCGAGGUGGUGGACAGUGUUCCGUCGUCGCCGAUUAGUAGUACGCAUUCGUCGCCGAGUUUGCACAGCGAGUUGGAUAAUUUGGACAAGAAGAUGGUGGAAAGGGGGCAAGAGACUGAUUCGCUCAAUUUGGAAAAUAAAAGUGUGAUAACAUCGCCGGUGAGUCCCCCAGGUCAACCGACAACUAACAAUAAUACGGGGAGGUUGAAGAAGGAACAAAGGAGUGGGAACACGUUGUAUCAAGAGUUGAGUUUUCAGGAUGUGGAUGGCGAUGAUGAUGGUGACAUAACCGGAGGUUGGGUCCAUCCAGGUGAAUACGCUUCAUCAGUCAACGAUAAUUUUUACGGAAUGGGCAAAGAAGUCGAAAAUUUGAUAAUGGAAAACAACGAGCUACUAGCCACCAAAAACGCCCUUAAUGUGGUAAAAGACGACCUUAUCGUAAAAGUUGACGAAUUAACCGGCGAAAUUGAAAUGCUUCGCGAAGAAAUCCUCUCGUUAAAUGUCUCACGAACGAAACUCCGUGAAAGAAUCAGUGAUCUCGAAGAAGAAUUGCGAAAAGUUAAGGAAGCAAAUGAAGCGAAACAAGACGGUGCCGAUGAUGAAUCUGAUGUGCCAAUGGCUCAAAGGAAGCGUUUCACGAGAGUGGAAAUGGCACGUGUUCUCAUGGAGCGCAACCAAUACAAAGAGCGCUUCAUGGAGUUGCAAGAAGCCGUCCGUUGGACGGAGAUGAUUCGAGCGUCCCGUAACGACACCGCCUUUGACAAAAAGAGCAAACAGAGCAUUUGGAGGUUCUUUAGUAAUUUGUUUAGUGGUUCGGAGCGGCCGCAAAGACCAUUGGUUGGUCCACAUCUACGUUACCAGACGGCGACCAAUCAAAUAGCGCCAGGUGUUAGAGCCCUGCCUCGACCCGGUCAUGACUUUGUCGAAACUGAAUUGGGUUCGGAAAAGUUGGCUUUGAGGAGGGCUGUUGAGAGACGAGAACAGUACCGACAAGUGAGAGCGCAUGUGCGAAAAGAGGAUGGAAGAUUGCAAGCGUAUGGUUGGAGUUUGCCCGGAAAAGUUGGUCCGGGAACGAAAGGAACACAAAGUAGUUCCGGGGUUCCGGUCCCGGUCCCGGUUUAUUGUAGGCCAUUGGCUGAAACUACGCCCGGGAUGAAGAUUUGGUGUGCAGCGGGUGUUAAUCUCAUGGGGGGUUACACCAAAGAUGGGGGGCUUAUGGUGGGGGGCAGUGUCUUCUACUCGGAAGAGCCCCGCCUGGAGCAGCCCCACACCGAGCUAGAGACUCUGGAUCAGGAGCUGAAUGCAGGUCGUGAAGGGGCACUUCUCGAGACAAAAUUAUCGUCACUUGUGUGGAUUUGUACAUACACACAUGCUGCUAGUUUAGUAACCGUAAUCGAUGCGAAUAAUCCAGCGGAGAUUUUGAAUAGUUUUGGGGUUUGUGCAAACCAUGUUUUAUGCAUUGCUAGUGUACCUGGUGCUAGUCCAAACGAUUAUAAUAAAACGUAUACCAAAAUUAACGUUAGUGAGAAUGCAAAAGACAGCAGUGAUAACGUCGUAGAAAAUAAAGAAGACGAAGGGGAAAAUAAUACAAACAAAACGAAUGAUAAAAAUCACGAAGAGUUGGAAGAGGCGGCUUUGAUUGGGAAAGUUACGUUUGUUGAAAACGAUACUUCUGUGGUUAAUAAAAAAGACAAAUAUAAUAAUGCAAAAUCAACGGUGGAUGAAGAGAAAAUUGAGGAACAACCUGUUGAGGAUGAAACUGAUGAAAAUGUGGGUGAAAGUGAUAAGAAUAAAACGAGCAAUCAGGAAAUAAUGUCGAGUGUUUUGGCAACAAUGUGGCUAGGAGCGGAAAAUGGAAUGGUUUAUGUUCACUCAUCGGUGGCCAAUUGGAAUCAGUGUCUGCAUUCCGUCAAACUUAAAGAUGCAGUGAUAAGUAUUGUACAUAUAAAUGGCCGUGUCGUUUGUGCUUUGGCUUGUGGUACUUUGGCAAUUUUCGCACGAAACGAUGAUGGAGAAUGGGACUUGUCCCGUUACCAUUUGGUACAAGUGGGUUUACCACAUCAGUCCGUUCGUUGUUUGGCUGUUGUUGGAGAUAAAGUCUGGUGCGGAUAUAGGAAUAAAAUUCACGUGCUUGAACCACAAGAAUUGGGAAUAAUUCAUUCGCUGGAAGCGCAUCCUCGACGUGAAAGUCCCGUGCGACAAAUUGCGUGGUUGGGUGAAGGUGUUUGGGUUUCGAUUCGUUUAGAUUCGACUUUAAGACUGUACCAUGCUCAUACCUACCAGCAUUUGCAGGAUGUGGAUAUUGAGCCGUACGUCAGCAAGAUGUUGGGUACUGGAAAGCUGGGCUUUUCCUUCGUGCGCAUAACGUGUCUUUUGAUAUCGUCAAACCGCCUCUGGAUUGGCACAAGCAACGGUGUCAUAAUUUCCGUUCCAUUGAGCGAGAACGGGGCAAACACCGGAAGCAUAGUUCCCCGGGGAUCAACCAGUCUUCCCGGAGCGGGAGUACGUGUUGCUCCCGUUCCCGGAAGCUUUAUCCCUUUUUGUACCAUGGCCCACGCUCAACUCAGCUUCCACGGCCAUAGAGAUAACGUGAAAUUUUUUGUCGCCGUCCCCGGAAACGGAGGAAUGAGCGCGGCUUCGACGCCUUCAGAGGCACUGUCGACUUCUGCGACUUCGAUCGGGUUGCCCCCCAAGCAGCCGUCGGCAAUGCUGGUGAUGUCGGGGGGCGAAGGUUACAUCGAUUUCCGCGUCGAGGACGAAAAUGAACCGAGAGAUGGAGACUCGCAUCUGCUCGUUUGGCAGGUUUUGCCUGAUAUUCCUGGGAAUCCUGUGGGGUGAUGAGAUGGAGGAUAGCGUUAUUGAUACUGAAACCGGUGAUCUUGAAGCAGCUCAGGGCGAAUCCAAAGGGGAAAAAAGUCACUUGAUUGUGUGGCAAGUGUCCACAAGUUAAUUAAGCAAAAUGAUAUUUAACAUUAAUUGAAAUACUAAACAUUAGCGGUUUUAGAUUAGUAACGUUUAUAAAAAAAACAACUUGGACGAUAUUUUAGCUUGUGAAUAUGUUAUUGAUACAUAAUAUUUUAUCGUUGUUUUAUAUCUGUUACAUGUAAAAACUAUUUAUUAUGAUUUGUAAAUUUGAGACGUGUAUUUAGGAAAAUUUUUAUUUAAAUGUAUCGUGCUUACACUGUAAAUGAAACUUAUACAAACUGAA